AUGGCUUCAAAUAUUACAUGGCAUCCAAAUUUAACGCAUGUUGAGCGUUCAGAGUUGAGAAACCAAAAAGGUGUCACUGUCUGGCUUACAGGAUUAUCGGCCAGUGGAAAAUCAACCAUUGCAUGUGCCUUAGAACAAUCUAUUUUAGGUAGAGGAUUAAACUGUUACAGAUUAGAUGGUGAUAACGUUAGAUUCGGAUUAAACAAGGAUUUGGGGUUCAGUGAAAACGACAGAAAUGAGAAUAUUAGAAGAAUCUCAGAAGUUGCCAAAUUAUUCAAUGACUCUUGUUGUAUUACUUUGACUUCAUUUAUUUCGCCAUACCAAAAGGACAGACAAUUAGCCAGAGAAUUGCACGAAAAAGACAAUUUACCAUUCGUUGAGGUUUAUGUUGAUGUUCCUGUUGAGGUUGCUGAAACCAGAGAUCCAAAAGGAUUAUACAAGAAGGCCAGAGAAGGUAUCAUUAAGGAAUUUACUGGUAUUAGUGCACCAUACGAAGCACCAGAUAAGCCAGAAAUUCACUUGAAGAACUAUGAAGGUGUCUCUAUUGAAGAUGCUGCGCAACAAAUUAUUGACUAUUUAAUUAAGAAUAAUUAUGUUUAA